AUGGGACUGCUGAAACAUGAGUUAGAAAAAGAGAAAGAGCUUAGAAAAAUUGCCGAAGACAAAUUACUUGAGGUACUGGAUAAUGAAAAAAGAAAAGAAUUGCAGAGGAAAGAGAACGAAAAACGUGUUGAAUCCAGAGGUACUCAAAUAGACCCUGUGGUUAUCAAUGCAGAAGGUUCACUUGGAGAUAAUAGUUCACCACUUCUAUUAGGCUAUGAAAGUCGCAUCCGAAGGUACCAGACGUAUAUAGCGAAACUGGAAAAUGACAAUCUUAUGUUAAUCAACGAGCUUAAAAAAUUCAAAGACAUGAGUCCACGUAGUCAAGAGGAGCAAGCAAAAAUGCUGGUCGAGAAACUAGGCGAAAUGGAGCGGAAUAAUCAUCAGCAGCAGAUGCAGUAUGAAACAUGUUUAGAUGAAGUUGCCAAUAGACUGGUCCAAACAUUACUUGUACAGAAGAGGUUAGAGGAGGAAUGCAAAGUUCUGCAUCUAAGAGUAGAACAACUUGAGCAAGAAAAUGGAACAUUGAUGGAGCUUAUCGACGAAGAAAAAGACGAUAAUGUUAAUGAAGCAAAGGACGAAAAAGAAUUAAAUUUAUCAACAUCAAACUGUAAAGUACAAAACAAGAUGCCGUCCCAUCAUCCUCUUACGUCAUCACCAGUUAAAAAGAAUUCCAUUUCUCAAAAUCCUUCCAUCUCGACAGAGGAGAAAAAGAAAGAAUCAUCAAAAAAUGCAAACACCACCUCGGCGAAAUGUUCUUACAGUGAAUCCAAAAGCCCAGUCACCAGUCCUACGUCCCCUGGUUCAAAACCAGGAAGUGCUUCCAAAAUACCAUCGUUCAAUAGCGCGAAACCCGUCUUGGUGCGUAAGAAAAGUAAAACAGAUAUGCUUUCGCCUAAGAACAAAAGAGAUAGUCAUGCAAAAGAAACAUCAUCAUGUGUUGUCGUGCCAAACGCCAAACAUUCAUCUGUGAUGCCAUCAUCGAAAAUAAAAUCUCCUAGUUCUUCUGAGGGUUUAAAAGUGACUAGUGUCAAAAGAAAAAGACCCUCAAGAAAUGGGUCUCCUGUCGAUAAAGGCGCCAAAGAUACAAAACAAAGAAUGAAAUCUACCCACACACGUUGGGAACAACGGAAAGCUGCUACCGAAGAUUUAGCCUCUUUCUACAAAAAUAUCGGCAAUAAUCCAGCUGUAUCGCCAAUUCAACCGUUUCCUCGUCCUCAACAGAUUUGGAGCUUUAAUUGCGAAUUGAGUAACGAUUUAUCAAUUCCAGAAAGUUCUAAAACAAUAUCCCAUUCCAUCGACAUGUUAGAAGAUAAACUAAAUGGAAAAUUCCAUGUGGAUAGCGAAAUAACGGAUGAAUUCAGUAGUAAACAGAAUUCAUCUACAUCCGACGCUUCUAGUGCCAUGGAGGGUGUAAACAGAACAAGGGAUGAAGGUUAUUCUACGAUGUCCAGUGACUUGCAACCCGAUUCAACCGCAGAUACUACUGUUAGUGAACCAGAACAUUCUGCAACUUACGUAAUCACUGAAAAGGGACACCGAAGUGAUGAUAGCGUGACAGAAUGUUUGGAUGGAUCUAUGUGCUCUUCUUCAGAUAGUGGAUUUGGUCCCCUACAUCAAGUGGCCUUUUCAAAGUUAUCGACCGAAUUUCCUGUAGAAGAGGAAGAACAAGGCAAAGAAAUGACCGAGCCAACCUGUUUUCAAUCAUCAACACGUAAACUUGCCACAUUGAAACACAAGGAACAAAUUGCCAGUGUGAAGCCUACUAUUAGAAACAUAUCCUUGCCUGAAGAAAAAGUAAAUAUGUCAUCCAGUAACAUUAAUGAAACAUAUAAGCAGUAUAUUCUUUCUGACGUCGAUCUGAUAUCCAAAAUGAAAACACAUAAUAAAGAACAAGUGUUCUCUCCAACAAAAACUGUAAACGUAAUUCAAGAUUUAAAUUCUCUAUCAUCCCCCUUAAAGGUUAAACAAAAAAUAGAAGAUUUAGACUAUUCCUCACUGUUAGAUUAUUGGAAAAAACCAAAGGACAUAAUUGGAUUCUCAAAUUACAGAAAAACAUGGCAUUUGGGGCCUACUAAAUCAAAUUUCAGUGAUGAAAUUGUCUUUUGUACGAGGCACAGCUACAUCGAUGAUAAUAUCUUUGACGAUAAAAUAGAAACUGCAGAAAAAGCUACACUCACAGAACCGGAAGAAGAGCUGUGGCGAGAAAAGGCCUUAGCACCUUUUAUCGAUGAAAGUAUAUGGUCUUUAUACUCAUCGGAAAGUGACAUUCAGGUUAAACAUUUUCCUCUAGAACCGCUCCUUAGUGAACCAUCAUUGGAAAAACUUAUCAGCAGUUGUAGCCCGUGUAUCAUAGUAACAGAGGAGAUUGAAGAAAGCCCACAAUCUGAAUUCUCAGAAAACUUCAAAUCAAAUUUUAUGAAAUCUUCCAACAACUCGUCUGCGGCUGAUCUGAAUAACCUGACUUCUGAUAGUCCCGAAAAGUUCAAAGUUGGGUUGGAAAGAGUUGCGUCGGAUACUGUUCUCUACCUGAAAGAUGCGAUUCACGAAUUGGAAGAUUCUAUGCACAGAGGUUUGAAGUCUUCGAAAAACAUUCCAUCCCUGCAUCAGUCCGGGUCGGAGUCGGAAACAUCUCCUGUGAGCGGACUGGUUUUGAAACCAGAAUUAUUGAAAUCCUUAGAGACAGCCAUGCUAAAACAAGACCAUCUUGCUUGGCCGUCUCCGAGUCGUAGUUCAUCUAUGAGUUCUUUGCAGUCUUCUACAUCUUUUCAUGUAAUAAGUGAUGAAACAGAUGAUAUAGACUUAAAUCGCACUAGUCGCAAAGGCUCUGAGGAUCCUGAUUUGAGUAGUGCCAGUGAUGCUGACUACGAAAAUUUAGAGCACAAAGAUUUUGUAGAGCGGUGGUUGCAAAAAGAGGUUGUUUACAACAACGUUUCUAAAAUUAUGGUUCCAAAUUUAGAACCGGUGCAAGAAAUCGGAGAGAUGACCCAGCAACUAUCUUCUAAAAGGAAAGCAUCUCUUCCCAUUGAUCCAGGCGUGAGCCAAAUCCCUUCUCAACCAAGGAUGAGGCUAAUGUCAUAUCCUACCAGCUCAAUCCCACCGAAACCAAAACUCCGAUCGAAUUCAUCGCCAAACUGUAGCCUUCAGGCUUGCUCUUCAGCAACUCCACAUGCUUCCAGAGUUGAUGAUGAAAAGCAAAGAGUUGCUAACAGUGAUCAGAACUGUGUUGAUUGUGUUGAUGAUACAGAAUUUCAAAGCUUAGAUUCGGAAGCUAAGGAAUUUAAUGGAGAUUUCUAUAAACUUUGCACCAUCGGUUCCCUUAGAAGUUUAGACCAUUUCUCUCCCGCAAAAUCUCAGGACAUUCAUCCCAACAAAGGGACGGAAUCACCAAGCUGCAGCAAAAAGUCGCAGUUCGUGAUUACGUCAAAAAAUCUCCUCACAAAGUCUGAUAAAUCGAAACCCACAGGUUUUGUGAAACCAACUCGGCCUGUUACUUUAGCUGUUUCUGCUGUUCCUGUUGUACCUGAUCAUGCAAAGAAGAGUGAUUUGACGACAGCUCGGCGUUCGUCUGAUGCAUGUGAAUUCAGUCCGAUCUCUCCUACAAAAGUUUCUUCCAAAGUUCCAUCUUCUGGUUCUCACGAAUCCUCGUCAAAUAAUUAUGCCAAAAUAAACUGUUACAUCAAAGUUCCUGCAAAUAAUAAUAACCCAGUAUUACAAAUUAGCAGCGAUAAUGCCGAAUCAAAUUCUAGUUCGAAACUGUCUCACUCUGAAGUUAUACCAAACAACAGUACGCCAUCGACAAGUCUUCCAGCUUCUGUUACGCACUUGAGAGAACGUUCUAAAGCUGCCAAAAUCAAAAGCCCUACAAAAAUAAUUAUUAAAAGUGGGAAUAGCCCUCUUCAGUCGCCUUCCAGGUCCGAAGCUAUGUCAAAAAGGCAACAAUGGAAGCGUGAUCGAAUAGUGGCUCGUCAAAAUCGUCUGAAAGAAGGUUGUGGAACUGCAUGGAUUCAUCUCCAAGCAAAUCCGGAUCUUUGUGAUCCAAAGGCCAGAAUCAAUCUGUUGGAUUCUUUGAAAGCGCCAACAAGCAGCAGUGGCAGCAGUAGCACAGAUGAGGAUAAUGACGAUGAUGAAGUCUUGGUUAUUCAAACUAAUUCUCAUCUUCAUAGGAUAUGCAGAGAAAGACGACAUAAAGUGAAAGCUUCUGCAAAUAACCCUUUGUACGAAAUGAAAAAGAGAUCGUCCAUCAUGGGCCGACGUGAGCUUUUUUACCGAUUCGGGGACAAAGAAAAAGAAGCCAUCGCCUGUUUUGAUUUCUUGGAGGAACUACCAACUUCUUCCAUUGAAACGCUAAAUAGGCGAGUUGCAACACCUCCUGACGAAGCGCAGCCCGUCCAACGAUUGACUGCACCUCCCUCUGAUUUAGGACUUAAGUGUCGUGAACCGUCAAAAGAAAGAAUUUCCUUCUUGUCUCCCACCGUUGAUGACACUUCAAAAAUGGCCUGCACAGGAGACCAGGCCUCAAAAGUUCCAGAUGCCUCCAAAUCUCCAUUUUCCAGCUACAGUGCAAGAAGACUGAGGUUGCCCAAUUUAUGGAAUCAGCCUCUGAGCCACAACAUGUCUUCUUCAACCCUCAAUUCUCAGGAUUACGAACUUCUGGAUCAUAUUUCGCUUAGCGAUUCUUGCGCUGAAAGUUAUUCCUCUACUCCUGAUAGUUAUGAGGAUGCGAGCUGAAGAUAUUAUUCUUUCCUUGUUAGAUAUUUUUGUACAUUUCAUUGAAUUCGACUUCUGGUAUCGCAGCAAUAUGAAACUUCUGUAUAUUUUAUGGACCUAAGUGUGAUCAUAAAUUGGAUCUCUUCUCUUCUCACCGUUUGCCAAAUGUUUUUAAGCUCAGAUGUAAUUUAAUAAAUUAUUUUUGAUUUUUCCCCCUCCAUUUGGUGUCUGCAAUAAAAAUUUUUAUUUUAUAA